ACUCACAAAACACCAGGCAAAGGUCGUCAAUGGCAUCAAGCAUGAGUUGGACAGGUUGCAGCCGAGCUCGGCCGACAUGGCCAACAAAGCGCAGGGCCGCAAGCUGCGCUCCCAGGAAGGCGUGCGCUACAAGAGCGAGCUGUCGGCCUACUUUCCUGAAUACGACGAGGUGAUUGGAAAUAUACCCAAGGAACACCAUGUAUUGAUGCUCGAUACUCCCAUCGUCGUGGUCAACUCAUCCUUCCCAUCAUCCUCCUCCACCUCCCUGACGCGCCGAGAGCCCCACCGGACACCCUCCACAUUGUCAGUGCGCAGUUACAGCGACAGCCUGUUUACCAACCUCAAUGACGCACACACUAUUGAUCUCAGCUGGCUCGAGUCACAUCACAAGGGAAAGAUCCUGAACGAUCCACUUCCAGAUCGUUAUUACGAGCCAAUACACCGAAAAGAAUCCCGGAAUGAGAAGAUUACGAGGAACGCGGAGAAGGGCCGCUCCCAACAUGAGAAGGAGCAAGUCAUCCGCCUCCUCGACGGUCUGAAAGGACCCGAUUGGCUCAAGACCAUGGGUGUAAGCGGUAUUACGGAGAGCAAAAAGAAACACUUUGAACCGGCCCGAGUGCACUUCAUCAAUAAGUGCGAGGGGGUCCUCGAGAAGUUCCGGAAAUGGGCAGC